AGCCAAAGGUCGCAACUGCAAACGCCACCUUUGCUCUCAACCUUGCCCUCCUGAGGACCAUCUAUGUCGACACCUUACCUUGCUCUUUCUCGUUCCAUCCGCCGCUUGCUCCAAUAGUCUUCCAUGAUGGGCAUGUGCACAGUAACAUCAUCUUGAUCUUCGCACUAUUCCUACAGUAAUCAUUAUUCGUCUUCUCCAAUUCUCUAUUGUUUAUUUAUAGACGCGGUUUCUGGAUUCUUAUUCCCAUGUCUUCUAUAAUCCAGGAUUUCUUGCCGCUGCUUUACCCCGAUCGAAUCAGGUCGAAGACCGGAGAUUUUUCAGGGUCACUUUUGCGGAGCAUGACCGACUCAAUGACUGUCAAAUGUAAAUCCGAAGACCUAGAAACUUGCCGGGACGAAUCAGCGGCGCUGAUUCUUAAAUUCGUCGCCAUCGCCUCCAUACUCUUAGCGGGAGUCGUUGGCAUCACUAUUCCGCUCGUGGGCAGGCACCGGAAGUUCUUCCGCACCGACGGCAGCUCGUUUGCUGCGGCUAAGGCGUUUGCCGGUGGCGUUAUACUCGCCACUGGCUUUGUUCAUAUGCUCUCCAGCGGCUCGAAUGAUCUCAAGAAUCCUUGUCUCCCUGAAUCAUGGUCCAAGUUCCCAUUUGCUGGAUUCUUUGCUAUGAUUUCUGCUUUGAUUACUUUGCUUGUGGAUUUUGUGGGGACUCAGUAUUACGAGAGGAAACAGGGGCUGAACCGGGGUGGCAAUGAGGAGAAGGCCCGGGUCGGGUCGGCAGAGGCAGUGUCAGAGUCGGACAUUGCGCCGGUUGUGGAGGCUAAGGAGCAGCAUGAAAAGGUGUUUGGCGAGGAAGAAGGUGGAGGGAUGCACAUUGUCGGAAUGCAUGCCCACGCGGCGCACCAUCGGCACAACCAUCCUCACGGACAGAACGCCUGCGAGGCACUUGUUAGAACUCGUGGGGAUAGCCACGGCCACGGUCACGGCCACAGUCAUGGGCACGUACACGACCAUGGACCAGGAGAGGAGGACGUGGAGAGCGGCGUGAGGCACGUCGUCGUUUCACAGAUUUUGGAACUUGGGAUUGUAUCACACUCGGUCAUCAUUGGUCUAUCCCUAGGAGUUUCUAGCAGCCCUUGCACAAUAAGGCCUUUGAUUGCAGCCUUAUCUUUCCAUCAAUUUUUCGAAGGAUUUGCACUUGGAGGCUGCAUCUCCCAAGCUCAAUUCAAGACCACGUCAGCCACCAUAAUGGCAUGCUUCUUUGCUGUAACAACCCCUGCUGGGAUUGGCAUUGGAACUGCAAUAUCUUCCUUCUACAACCCUGAUAGUGUUGGUGCUCUGAUUGCGGAAGGCAUCUUAGAUUGUUUGUCAGCUGGAAUUCUAGUGUACAUGGCAUUGGUGGAUCUGAUUGCCGCAGAUUUUCUCAGUAAGAGAAUGAGCUGCAAUUUCAGACUUCAGGUAGUGUCUUACUGCAUGCUCUUCCUUGGUGCUGGAUUGAUGUCUUUGCUAGCGAUCUGGGCUUGAACAGUUGAACUUAAUACAAAGAUCAUUAUUCUUCUUGGUUGCAUUUGUCAUGGGACAUCCAAUUACUACCGGCGGAAGUCCAUCGAUGUUUCCCAUUAUAUUGUACCCCGUACCAUAUAGAGGGAUGAUUAGGGUAAACCAAAAUCAAAUACUGCAGGCUUAUAUUGUGUUUUGUAUUUAGAUUCCAAAUACCCUGUUUUGUUUCCUUGCUGUUGCUCAACAUAGAAGCAUAAAGGCCAUUGACUCUCACACAGAAAAAGACCAUUUCGAUUAUAUCCAAUGUGAUUAGAAUUUUUCUGUUAUAAAUCGACCAUUAUUUG